GGAGAUGGCGGAGCUGGACGUGGGGCGGCAUUGCCAGCUGGAGCACUGCCGGCAGCGAGAUUUUCUUCCGUUUGUAUGUGAUGGUUGUUCGGGAAUAUUUUGCCUUGAACACAGAAGCAGGGAGUCACAUGGCUGUCCUGAGGUGACUGUAAUCAAUGAGAGACUAAAGUCAGAUAAGCGUACAUCUCACCCAUGCUUGUUCAAGGCCUGUGCUGAAAGAGAGCUUGUGCCAGUUAUGUGUCCUUACUGUGAGAAGAAUUUUUGCCUGAGACACCGUCAUCAGUCAGAUCAUGAAUGUGAAAAACUGGAAAUCCCUAAGCCUCGUAUGGCUGCCACUCAGAAGCUUGUUAAAGACAUUAUUGAUUCCAAGACAGGAGAAACAGCAAGUAAACGACGGAAAGGUGCAAAAAAUAGUGAAACAGCUGCAAAGGUAGCACUGAUGAAAUUAAAGAUGCAUGCAGUUGGAGAUAAAUCAUUGCCACAGACAGAAAGAAUUUAUUUUCAAGUUUUCUUACCUAAAGGGAGCAGAGAGAAGAGCAAACCAAUGUUCUUUUGCCGCCGAUGGAGCGUUGGAAAGGCCGUAGACUUUGCAGCUUCUUUAGCCAGUCUUAAAAAUGACAAUAACAGGUUAACAGCUAAGAAAUUAAGGUUAUGUCACCUGAUUUCAGGAGAAGCCUUACCCUUGGAUCAUACUUUGGAAACUUGGAUUGCUAAGGAGGACUGUCCUUUAUAUAAUGGUGGAAGUGUUAUCUUGGAAUAUCUUAAUGAUGAAGAACAGUUUUUAGAAAAUGUUGAUUCUUACUUGGAAUAGUCAUUCAAGGAUUCAAGCCAGAAAUCAUGAGGAAAAUUAUUUUAUUCCCUGCAGUUUUCAGAGGAGGAGGAGGCUUGGAGAACCUGAAGAAGGGGAAAGGUUGCAGAAAGAGGAAUCUGAGGGAAACAAAAUUUACAUUCCUCACAUCUUUUACCUGGGCUACAAAAAUUGUGAACUAAGAUAUUGGGUAACAUAACUGUAAAGAUAGAUUUGGUUUCAUAAAGUUUUUGUUUUAUGUUUGUUUUUUUUUUUUGUCUUUUUAAACCAGGAAAGUUCCCUGGGAAUUUAUGAGAUACCACACAAACAUUAGUUCCAUUCCCUGUGUACACUGGUAUAAUGUAUCUUGUUUUCUUGAUGUGGUACAUAGAAAUACAAUUUAUGAAAUGUAGAGUCUAUUGCAUUUGAAAGAUUAACCUACAUAAAUAAAAUUUUUAAAAACUUGUAAAAAUGUGCAAU